UAAAAAGAAGGCGCAGGGAGAGGGCGUGAGCCUGCAGGACACUGGGGGAGGCAGGCAGCGAGUGGUGCUGCCCAUCACAGAGCUGAACCUUGCUGGGGAUUUGGGGCUGGAAGAAGAGGAGGCAGGAAGAGAGGACAGGAUGCAACGGGGCAGGGAUGCUGCAUGUGAAUCUCCUUCUGCCUAAGGAGGACAGCAUCAUCCGAGGGGAAGGAGGAGAGCGGGGAGGACGUGACCAAGCUUGCACGGAGCCUGCUGAGCUCUGUAGGAGACUGCCAGGGACUCGCCUGGGAUCCGAGCAAAGUUCCCUGAGCUUGCUGAAGAGAGGGAAGGAGGCAUGUGAGAUCCUUCCUCUUCUAGCUGGGCUUCCCAGUCCCAGCUCCACCAGGGCUGGCCAUGGCUUUGUCAUCGCUAAAUGAAAGGUGAAGGGGAGCUCUCCGAGACCCCGGGCACCCUCUUUCUCCUUUGCCCGCCCUGGCACCACACUCCAGCUCAAGAAUUUCAAGGCAGCAAGAGACCAGUGCUUGCCUUCUCAAUACAGCACAUACCCAGUCAGGAUUGAGGUGGCCUCUGAGACUCAGUUCAACAUGUUCAGUGAAAAGAGCAGUGCAUCUUUGUCCCAGAAACCCAGCCAGAAAAAGACACGACCUCAGGGCCUCCCCUCCCCUGCUCUCUGCUGUGCAUGUGGACUUUGCAUCAUGCUAGCAGGGAUCAACAUCACUUUAGUGGGAGCAUUUGCCUUCGGGACUUUCCUCCCCGUGAACAACCCUCCCAUCAUCAUCGGACCUAUCUUGCUGGUGGUGGCCUUCACAUUCCUUGGUGCCUGCUGCAUCUGCAGCCGGAGGCCCCCAGCUCAUGGGGCCAGGAAAUCCAAACCAGGUUCUAACAUCGGGCUCAUCAAACCUGGGAACACAGCCUUUGAAAUUGAAACUAGUGAGCACACAGUGCAGGACACCACAGCUGUUCAGCUGAGCCCCACGAAUUCCCCUGUCUCCUCAAAAAAGUCCACACCAGUCCAUGAGAAUGCGAAGACUUGCAAGCUCUUCACUAUGGAAGGCAAUGGGCCAGUGGCCAAGUACACAACAGGAGGAGAGGCAAUACAACUCAACUUGCCCAGGGACCUGGCCGCAUCCUAAACCCAGGCAAAGUUUGUAUUAGCAGCCAGACAGAUGCUGCAAUGGAUGGGCUGGAAGCUGUUGUUCAGAGGUGUGGGGAAGGUGCUUGUAAAGAGGCAGCACACAGGCCUCUCUGAAUCAAUUUGAGGAAGGUGGAUGCAGUAGCAAGGAAAUUCCAGAUUUUUGCUGAAAGGAACAUGUCCAUCUCAUGGCUUUAAAAAGAAAAUUGCUAAUGAUGUUACUGAAACAGGAUGGCUCUCCGUUCCUGGGAAAAGACUGGCUUUUUGGGGGUACCAGAUUCAAUGAGGGGAAUGAAUUAAUUAAAGUAUAAGGUAGAAAUGUGAUGACUGGAGGAGGGGCUGUGCAAGGCUGACAAAUAACAGCUCUUUCGUUUCAGGAGUGAAGCAAUCCUUGAACCUAAUAGAAGCAGGAAUGCUGUAAAUUACAGCUUGCUGCCACUCAGUCAGAAGAUUUCAGCAUUUUGGUGCUGGGCUUUUUGGCAGCAGGGACAAAAUGUAUGUGUUUGCUAUUGAAAAAGUAGCGCAAACAAACAAUUUCCCCUCCUUUUAAAAGUCGUUGCCCCAGCUUGCCUUCAUUUGUGUGAUUGUACCACCUGUUAUAAGAGACAGUGAAUCACAAGCACUGCAUUUAGCACAGGUAUUUUCCUGUUGUCUUGAUCAGGUGGGGUUGUAGCAGGGCUGUUCAGUGCACUGUGUAUAUUGGAAGAUCAGCCAGGCUGAAUCCUUGGGGAAGGCUCCAAGAUCAGAAGUCCUGAGGGUUUGGGGAGAAGUAGAUGCAACCUCUUUUGCAUCUUUCUGUAGAACGCUGGCCUGGCCUGGCCUGGCCUGGCCUGGCCUGACGGGGUUACAAAUAACUGUACAGGCUUUAAUGUAAUUGUGUUGGAAGAUGGUGACUGUAUCUCCUUCCCUGAGGUGGCUGUGAGAUCCAUCACACGCAGUGGGUAACCAGUUGUGGAACUCCUUGCUGCAGGAAACUAGCUGCUAAGUAUUUUCAUAGACUUGCAAAGCAAUGGGACAAAUUCAUGGAAGAAUUUGCCAAGAGCUAUUCAAUGUAAAGACAUCACCUCUGCCUCAGAAAGACCCUGAGCUGGAAGCAGGGUAUUAAUCAGAAGAAUUACCACUACAAAAGUUUCUCCUCAGGCAGCCAUUGCUAGGAAGAAGGUGCUGUGCUAACGAGUCUUUGCCCUGACCUUAUAGGGGCAAUUCACCUAUUUUAUGAGAUGUGGAGCCAGUGUCAGAGGGAGGGACAGUAGUACUAGGCAGGAUUAGAAGGUGGAGGCGUAGCAGAAGGAGAAUGGAUUUGAAGUAGGAAGGGCUGCACAGGUUCUCCACAUAUUCCCAUGGUAAUCUGAAACAGGGCUCUUGGGGCUUUUGGGAACUAGGAAGUCAUAUGAAUGUGAGAAUGACCAUAUAAGAUCACCCCAGAGGCCUAUCUAACCCAGCAUCCUAUUUCUGAAAAGGCCAGGAGCAAGGUUUGGAGAGGAGCACAAGAACAGGGCAAACACAGGAUGUUGCUUGCCCAGAAUGCUCUCCCAGCCUCUGUCACAAUGUUCCUUAGGAGCCUCCUGAGCUGGAAGUGGUGCCUGUGUUUAGUAACUCUGAAUGGAUUUCUUCUUCAUGAAAUAAUUCAUUUGUCCUCAAACGUCUGUCAACUUUUAUCAUUUGUGAGCCUAUAGCAGGGAGUUUCACAGCUUAAUGAGAGGCUGUAAAGAUCCCUCUCCUUGGUUUAUUUUCAGCCUGCCUCCUGCUAGUUCCCUUUGAUGCCCCAAGUUCCCGGAUUAGAAGGGGCAGCAAGCAGCCCUUCCCUCCCUAUGCCACUUGGGAUUUCAGGGGCCUUUGUCACUUCUCCUUCAGUUAUCUCUUUUCUGGGUUACUUCAUGUCCCUUGUAGUGAGAGGAAGAUAAUGUUUCCCGGCUCAGCCAACCUCCUAUUCAGCUGAUCAUACUGCUUUGCUGAGUGGAUGUCCACACAGCCCCAAGGCUUUAGCCAGCAGAGAGAUGGGUGUGGAGAGACAAAGAAGGGCUGAAGGGAGAUGCCGGAGGAGAGGGAAACACUGUGAUGUGGUCAAGGCUCUCCUGGGCCACCAGCAGACCUCUCCACGGCCAAGCUGUGGCUGAGGAUAUGACUGGUGUGCUGGGUUAGGUGAUGGCAUGAAGGGUUACAGAGGAGCAGGAGGGAAGGGUUGUGGUGCUUUAUGGGCCAUGCGAGAGGUGUCCUGGCAGCUCCGGGGAGCUGCUGGGCAACUGCUGACUACUGCAUGAGCUCUGGGAAGGUAAGGUUGAAUAUUUCAUUCCGUGAUGAGAGGGAACCAAAGACUGGGUUAAUGUUGGCCCUCCUUGAACGCCCCAAUAAUUUGCUGUGUUGAACAGCUUCUACAUCAGGGAAUUACUUCAGUGUGAUUUUAGCAGGGCUGGCCUACUGCUUAGUAUGGGUAGAAGGGAAGCCCUGCAGAACAACAUAUGUGCGGGCCUGGGAAGAUGCAAGUCCAAGUCUUUGCUUUGCUACAGCCUUCUGGCCUUGGGCAAAUCAUCUAAUUGUACUGUAGCUCAGCUCUUUGUUCAGCAGAGAAAUACCUGCUCCCAACCCCACAGGGCUGCUUUAAAGAUAAACACGUUGCCAAGCAGCAGGUUUGGUAUUUGCACACCUGAAUCUGGAGACUGCCUGAAUGUGGAUGAGUCUGUAUGGUCUGACCUCUGCGUGAUCUUCUUUAGAACUCAUUUUCAUAGGCAAUCUCUGCUUCCAGAACCAGCUGCCCUUUGGCACAUGGGAAGUGCUGUACUGAGCAAAAGGCUCCCAUGAUUUUUGCCUGCUGGCAAUUGCUGUAGCAAUUAAACAGAAUACCUUGCUGAUUUUGGUUUGAUUCCCAGGUUGCCAGCUCACCAGUCUGCCUGGAAUAGCACACAACAAGCUGUAAGUCCUUUAGAGGCAUUGUCCGCAUGAAUAUUGUUACUGCAGCACUUUUCUUUGAGUACUUGGAGCCAACAAAUAAUCAAAUCAAGUGGUAACCAUACAACUCUCUCCUCUAUUCACUGGAUGCUUGAAAACCAAGCUUGACCUGUCUGGGGUGUGUAUGGGACUCACUCCUUGUCACAGCUGCACCACGGAACGCUAUUGGUGAUGGAUGAUACAAUGGUAGAUCCCAUACAAGCUAAAGGCAAAGCCCCCUUGGCAGGAAUGGGGGCAGAAGCAGGACUUUGAGGGCCAACUAGGAAUUUAGUGUGGUUCGAUUGUAUUGCAGCAUCGCAGACUGUCCCGCACAGGGAACCCUGCCACAGCUCUGGGACCUGGUGAAUCCUGUGCUGCACACCCAGGUCACCACAAAGCCAGUUUUGCUCUAGGAGCUGAUUCCCUUGGGAUGCAAGAGAUGACAGCCAGCAGGGAUGGCACCUGGAUGAGCAGAGGUGUAGGACCAGCGAGAUGAGGAGCGCCUGGUGCGGCAGGCCUGUAUGCCAAGCCGUGACCCCACCUGCCUAUCCACACAGGGAGGCGGACAGGGGAACAUCUGCUACCUUCGGAAGCAUGAAUGCCCUGCUUUUCCCUUUUUCUGUCUUUUGGGAUUUCCAUGUCUGUCUGUCUGUCUGCCUCUGUGAUUGACCGUGACUAAUGUUGUGAAUCUUGUGCUUCCUUCUUGUGUAACAGGAGAUAAGGAGAGUUUCUUGUGUUUCAAGUGAGCAUUUCUGGUGUGAAAGUUAUUUUUCUAAUUACUAUUUAAAUGUGUGCAAUGUGAAGUUUGGAAAAGGCAGACCCAUUAAAAAAAUUGCACUUAGUAA